AAUUAUAUAUUUCGGGAAAAAAAAAAAUGAAUGUAAUGUAUUUUACCAUCCAUAAAGUUUAAGGGGUCAACGUGUAAUUUAUUAGAAAAAGAAACCCAAAAAGUAAAAAAAUAUUAUCAAAUUAACAAAACAUCAUUUGAUUUAAAAUAUAGCCGUUGGUAACCACAACGGCUAGUUUUCUGAUGCCUGUCAAAAUCAGGUACUUUUAAAGCCUCCGUUCAACUCUUCUAACAGUUCACUGAUUGAUAGUUUAUUUCACUCCAUUUCUCGCUAAGCUUCUUUCCCAACCCACUUCCCAUCUUCUUUCCAAUCUGAUAUUUUGAAUUUCCAUUUUGAUCUCUCUCUCUCUCUCUCUCUCUACACACACAUAUAUCUGAACUUCUGAAUUCAAAAGAUGAAUGAUCUGAUGACAAAAUCAUUCAUCAGCUACGUGGAUCUAAAGAAAGAGGCCAUGAAAGAUCUCGAAGCUGGUCCCGAUCUAGAGAUGGCGGCGACAACCCAGAUGGACAAUAACCUGAGCGCAUUCUUGGAGGAGGCCGAGAAGGUGAAGAAGGAGAUGGGGUCAAUCCGAGACAUCUUGGGCCGUCUACACCAAGCCAACGAAGAGAGCAAGUCGUUGCACAAGCCAGAUUCCCUAAAAUCGCUGCGCAGUCGCAUCAAUGCCGACGUAUUGGCCGUGCUGAAGAAGGCCAGGACCAUCAGGUCCCAGCUGGAAGACAUGGACCGUGCCAAUGCCGUGAGCAGGCGCCUCUCCGGCUGCAAAGAAGGCACUCCAAUUGACCGGACUAGGUCAGCCGUCACCAAUGGGCUCAGGAAUAAGCUCAAGGAGCUUAUGAUGGAAUUUCAGGGGCUGAGACAGAGGAUGAUGUCAGAGUAUAAUGAGACCGUUAGGAGGAGGUACUUCACUGUCACCGGAGAGUACCCGGACGAGGAGGUGAUUGAGAAGAUUAUCUCCAAUGAUGGAGGCCAAGGAGGAGAGGAGUUCCUGUCCAGAGCCAUACAGGAGCAUGGGAGGGGGAAGGUGCUAGAGACAGUGGUGGAGAUACAGGACAGGCACGACGCGGCCAAGGAGAUAGAGAAGACUCUGCUGGAACUGCACCAGGUGUUCUUGGACAUGGCGGUGAUGGUGGAGGCGCAGGGCGAGCAGAUGGACAACAUCCAGCACCAUGUGAUGAACGCCGCGCAGUAUGUCAAUGAUGGGACUAAGAACCUUAAGACUGCGAAAGGCUACCAGAAGAGCAGCCGGAAGUGUAUGUGUAUUGGGAUAAUACUUCUCCUCAUACUUGUUCUUGUAAUCAUCAUCCCCAUUGCCACCAGUUUCAGUAACUCCUAAAUUUCAAUCAUCAGUAAUUGGUAUUCAAUUCCUGUCUGUAUUCUUUUAAUUUUUUUUUUCCUUCACGCUCGUGAUAUGUACGCUAUGGAAGUGUGCUUGAGGGAAAUGGUCCCUGUUUUGGGACUGAUAUAUAGUGAGAGUGUGUGCAAAUGAGUGUUGUAAUGCUUGGUGUAAGUUCUUUCAAAGAUGGUUUUCCUCAAAUACAAUGUUCUAAUUGUUAAUCCCAA